AUGACUGCCAAGAUCCCGCGCAACUUUCGCCUGCUGGAAGAGCUCGAGAAGGGCGAGAAGGGCCUCGGGGCGGAAGCCUGCAGCUACGGCCUCGAAGACGGCGAGGAUCUCCUCAUGAGCAACUGGAACGGGACCAUCCUCGGGCCUCCUCAUUCUGUCCAUGAAAAUCGCAUAUACAGUCUCAAGAUGCACUGCGGCGACAGCUACCCAGACGAGCCGCCGACGAUCCAGUUCGUCAGCCAGGUCAACCUGCCCUGCGUGGAUCACCGCAACGGCACCGUCGACCCGAAGCAGCUCCCGUGCCUCGCGCAGUGGAAACGCGACAACACCAUGGAGACGGUCCUGAUCGAGCUGAGAAGAUACAUGGCCGCGCCGAUGAACAAGAAAAUCCCCCAACCACCUGAAGGUUCGACUUACUCGUGA